AACAAUGCGCAUUCGAGGUUAUGUAACAGUUGCGCAUUUUUCGCGCUUGACUUAUAUUACAAAAAUUACUCCUAUCAAAAUUUGUCGUUGAAUUAAAUAAUAGAAGCAAAAAAAAAAUCAAUUAAAUUUGCCUUUAUUUCUAAAGUUUAAAAAAAAAUAGUAAAGCGCCAUGAAUAUAAACGGAGCAGAAUGCUUUUAUUAUCAAUAUAUCAUGAAAUGUCAAGGUCGUCGCGACUUCAAAGUGUCCCUAGGUACAAUGUAACAUCAAAGUUUAUUAUUUCCUUCGUUUAGUUCUUGUCGGGGGCAUAUAUUUUAUUUUUUUCUAAACAUUUUUCAUCAACUGCUGGUGUGAUAAAAAUUACACAUUUUUACCAAUAAUAAUAAUAAUAGAAUGCCCCCAAGUCGUCUUGAUGCCGUCUAUAGGAGUAUUUUACUCACAAAAUUCUUCACUAAAGGCUGGGGCAAUCCGGAAAAUUUACGAAGAAUAUUUGAAUUUCGAAAAGUCGUAGCUAAUCGAGAAGCAUGUUAUAAUUUAAUUCCUCCUAAUUAUCCUGUAAACAUUACAAAGGACGAAGAAUGGUCCGAUUGUCAUGUAUUGGAAGGUAAUUUUCAAUCGCCAUUCGAUUAUCAUUUACCUGAAAUAAUGCCAGAGGAGACAAAAACUGCUUAUUUUCAAAUGAUAUUACCAAAAAAAUGGACGUCACAUAAAAUAAAACCAAUUUGUUUACAUCUCGCUGGUACUGGAGAUCAUUUUUUUUGGCGUAGAAGAAAUUUAAUUGCUAAACCACUGCUCAAAGAAUCGGGAAUUGGAUCCAUUUUGUUGGAGAAUCCUUUCUACGGUUUAAGAAAACCUAAAGAUCAAAUACGUUCCAGUUUACACAAUGUUUCUGAUAUUUUUAUAAUGGGAGGCUGUUUAAUAUUGGAAUCAAUUGUUUUAUUAAAUUGGUGCGAGAAUCAUGGAUAUAGUCCUCUAGGAUUAACAGGUCUUUCAAUGGGGGGUCAUAUGGCUUCAUUGGCGGCGACAAAUUGGCCAAAGCCAAUUGUUCUUGUUCCAUGUCUUUCUUGGUCGACAGCAUCUCCAGUUUUCACAGAAGGUGUAAUGAGCGCAUCAAUAAAUUGGGCUUUACUCGAGAAUCAAUAUUUUUCAAAUAAAAUUUAUCAAAAUGAUUUAGCAAAAAUGGUCAAAAUUAUUGAUCAAGACGAUGCUUUCUUAGCAGGACAACAUUUUGCAAAACAUUAUCCAGCCAGUAUGGCAAGAAUAAAUCGAAUAAGAAAUGAAUCACAAACGACAAAUACAAAAAUAAAAACAACUAAAAAUUCAAUUUUUAGCGCCAUUGAUGAACAUUCAAAUGUAAAUGUUGACAAAGUGAAUAGUAAUAAUAAUAAUAAUAAUAAUAAUAAUAAUAAUAGUAACAACAAUAAAGUAGAAAAUUUUCAAAUUGCCGAAGAGAAGGCCGCAGCGAGAUUAUUUCCUUUAAAUCUUAUUUCAAAUAGAUUUAAAAAUACUGAUUCUGAUUCUUUAAAGGGGGUGUGCCUUUUACCAGUGUCGAAACAUCCCCUAUUUUCAGACAACAAAUGGCGAGAACACGAGGCUUAUCAAUUUAUGCGAGGAAUAAUGGAUGAAUGUACGCAUUUAAAAAAUUUUGAAUUACCAGUUGACACAGAAUUAAUAAUCGCUGUAUGUGCAAGAGACGACGCUUACGUUCCCCGUGAUGGUUGUAUGAGUCUUGAAGAAAUAUGGCCAGGCGCUGAAAUUCGUUACAUUGACGCUGGCCACAUCACUGCAUAUCUUCUUCAUCAAAAAUUAUUUCGAUCGACAAUCUCAGAAGCUUUUCAGCGCUCAAUCAAAAAAUAUCCAAUCGACAAUAGUUGAUAAUAAAAGUGUCUUUUAGAAUAAUCAAAUUUAGAAAAUGAAAGAAACAAAUUUUUUUAACGCAAUUAACUUGAUAUAAAACAUAUGAUGUAUGUUAUUUUUAUUCAACUUUUAUUGAUAAAUCAUUCAAAAAAAAAGGACAAUCAAUUACGUAAAUUGAAAUAUUUACUAAAGAAACGAACAAGAUUUUUUUGUUUUGUUUUUUGUAAACAAAAAAAUACUGCCUCAACAAUACAAUAAUUGUUAUAUA